AUGGAAGGAAAUGUUUCGACGCCGAAAGAAUGGCUGUUUGCACAGCUUCAAAUGAAUGAUUCUGAAAUCAGAGAGAUCUUAGGCCACGAGGAUUAUAGUAUUUGUACUGCUACUGCACUUAUCGAAGUGAUCAAUGAUUGCCUUAAUAUAAGUUCUCUUACUUUGGUAUUUGAUGAAGCGCAAUUCUUAUGCAGACCUGAAUAUGGAGAAUACAUUGGGGGUUCAGUUGCAGUUAAAAAAUGGAAUCUUUUGCAGGCUUACAUUGAAUAUCUUACCCAUUUCCCCGUUACUUGCCUUCUCGUCAGUGCUUAUAUGAAUAUAGCAAGUGAGAUUUCUCCUAGCCCCAGUAUCGGAAAAUUUCAUGGUUUGGGUGCUCAUAUUGUGCUCAAGCUUCCCUUCCUUUCUCAAGAUGAUGUCCUGCGGAACCUUGAUGCUGUAAUUGAUCUGACAGAUGUUUCACCUAAAACUCGUGACUACUUGGGAUGUAUCCUCAGGGGGCGACCUCGAAAUUGUGCAUCGUUUGUUCGGAUGUUGGUAUCAGAGCGAGAAUCAAAAAAUAGAACGAAAGAUCAAGAAAUACUUGAACUUCUUGAUUCAUGGUCUAAAAAGUUGAGCUUUGAUGUGGCAACAUACUUGGAAAAUGUGUGUAAAUGGUUGAAAGCAAAUAACUUUAAUCCGGAAACAGCAAUUAUGGACGUUCUUAGGCUUCAUGUUUUCUACAAUUAUAAAUUCAAGCAAGCCAUAGAACUACUCCAACAUAGCAUCAUUCCUUAUCAGUCACCAAAAUACAUUAUUCUUGACCGCAAUGUCACUUUACCUGAUGAGAUAGAAAUAAACCCAUUACUCGAAUCUUAUCUAGUCUCUGGCAUUGAGGUUUUUCUUUUAAAACGUGGGAAAACUCUGGUAGACGUCUUUGUUGAUAACAUUAUCCGUCUAAAUAAUAUCUCAUCGAUUGGAAAUGAAUUUAAUGCUGUCCUUACUACGGAAAUUAUCCAGAAACGUGGACGCAAUGUACGCGAAGAACUUAACAAAUGGAAAAAUGGACAACAAUUUAACCUUCCUUCAUGGAUAACUCCUACGAUGAAGUUUACGACAAUAUCAAACCUAUCAGGAGGGGUUCCUAUAGCAAAAUAUGUUGAUAAUAUGGAUUAUUACUGUCAUUAUGCAAUUCAACCAGACAGAUACUCAGGACCAGAUGUGGUUAUUUCUCUUAAUGACGACGAGCAAAAUAUGAUACUUUUAUCAGCGAGUUGUAUAAUUUCUGAAAAACCUAUUGAGCGAAGUAAGAUCAAGGAGCAGUUAUUCAGGUCAUGCAUGAAGUUUCAAUAUAUGGAAAUCCGGAAAAAGAAUAAGAGAAAAAGUCCUCAAGUAGAGGAUCUCGAGGAAUUUUCUUGGAAGGAACCAGAACGUCUUCAAAUAGGUCUUGAUAAAAUUUUACCAUUCCACGAAGAGAGCAUCUCAGUAGAAAAGGAGGAAGAGUAUAAUAAUAAAGACUUGAAUUUAGAUGAUUUGAACUAUGACCUGAAUUAUAUAGAAAACACAAAGAAUUAUGGGGUAUCCAAGGUCUCCGAGCAUGCAAAGAAUCAUGAACAAAUCAAGAUUGCCACCGAGAAUCGAAAGCAUAUUUAUGUUUCUGUAGAGCUUCCACAUAGAGCUAGCAAAAGACCAGAAUUAUUUCGGUUCAAUGAAUAUGGUGACCUCGUGAUUAUUGUGGACGAUCGCAAUAUGGAAUAUGUUUUUGGACCAGUCAUUAAAGAGCCAGCGGAAAAUCUUACUCAUUAG